CCACAGAUUCCAGCUAGAGCUACCUUGUAUCUAUUGUUUUGCUGGCAUUUUGGAUAUUCGGUCUGGUUCGUUGGAAUCUACUGAGAGCACCAUGGCGGAUGAGCAAGAGAUUAUGUGCAAAUUAGAAAACAUCAAAGAAAUCAGGAAUAAAACCAUCCAGAUGGAAAAGAUUAAGUCCCGUCUGAAGACAGAGUUCGAAGCCCUGGAGUCAGAGGAGAAGCACCUGAAGGAAUACAAGCAAGAGAUGGACUUGUUACUGCAAGAGAAGAUGGCUCAUGUGGAGGAGCUACGACUAAUCCAUGCCGACAUCAAUGUGAUGGAAAACACAAUCAAGCAGUCUGAAAAUGACUUGAACAAGCUGCUGGAAUCAACGAGGCGUCUCCACGAAGAGUACAAGCCUUUGAAAGAGCACGUAGACGCACUGAGGAUGACACUAGGUCUGCAAAGGCUGCCAGACCUGUGUGAGGAGGAAGAGAAGCUCUCACUUGACUACUUCGAGAAACAGAAAGCUGAGUGGCAGACAGAACCACAGGAGCCCCCGAUUCCUGAGUCACUGGCCGCAGCUGCUGCCGCUGCCCAGCAACUGCAGGUUGCCCGGAAACAAGAUGCUCGACAGACUGCUACCUUCCGACAGCAGCCACCACCAAUGAAGGCGUGCCUGUCUUGCCAUCAGCAAAUUCACCGGAAUGCCCCGAUCUGUCCUCUGUGCAAAGCCAAGAGCCGCUCGCGCAAUCCCAAGAAGCCCAAGAGGAAGCAAGAUGAAUGAAGAAAGUUACACAGUUUCAUACAUUUCCUAACCUCAGCAUCCACGUGGUAACCUGAUGAGAAACCUCCCGUUUGUUUGUUUUUCUUUUGUAUUUUUAUAUAUAUUUAAAAGUGGUGUAAGCACAACAUUUGUUUUCAAAUCAAUUUUAGUGAAAAAGCUUUUUAUGGUGCUAACAUUGUGCAUUAAUAAAUACAUUCUGUAGCUUACACAGAGUCUCUAAGUAAACAUUAAUUUGCCUUCAGUAUUAGUGGGAAAAAAUCCAGGCUCAUGUAAAAACUGUUGGGCCUAAUAUAUAUAUAGUAUAUAACAUGUAACAGAAACUUAAAAAUUACAGAUUGCUUCUAUAAAUUACUAAUGUAAUUGGCUGUAUGCCAAAACAUUUUUUGUAAGGAUACCUAAAUGUUAAUUAGUCUGGUAUAUAGCACAUACAGUAAGCAGUGUAAGUGUUUUAUUGAAGUUAAUGUUUAGUGUCAAGGAUGAAGGAUUCAAAAUGUAUCCAAUAGGGAAAUUAAGCCGUGUGUAAAAGAGAUAAUGCCUUCUGUAUGAAAUACUAAAUAUAUUUUCCUGACUUAGAUGCUUGAAUCACUGACAUCUGUCACAUGUCACUGUGAUCCUGGCUUAUAAUGUAUACAGUGCAAAUUCCUCUGUGGAUAUCCUAGGCAACCAAGGUUGCCAUGCUUUGAGUCAAGGACAUUUCAUUUAAUGGUGGUUAACUUCAUUUAUAAUACGUGACCAUGAAGCAGUCCCAUGAAAUACAGUUAAAGUAAAACUUUCCUUCAUUUCCCUGUUUCCUUUGUGUUGUAUAUGACCUUUUAUCUCUGUUAUUUUCCUUUGUUUCAGCUAGACACGUUCAUCUCUUUAAAAGAAAGGGAAGCAUUUUAAAAAUCCAAAGAAAGAAAAUUAAUGUUUAGGGUGCUCAUUUUGAAGUUCCUUUUUACAGCUAUAUAUUCUAGAGCAGGUACAGAUUGCAUUCAUUUUUUUGAAGAUGUUCUAAUAUUUUAGUUUGACCCACAAUCAGCAUUUGCAAACAGUAUUCUUUUUAUAGAAAUUUAUGGAAAUGUCUGACAUUUGUCCCCCCCAUUACAUGGAAUUAGGACGUAAUAGAAAGAUAAGUAUACACAGUAGUACAAGUAGACAAAAUAUGAUAUCAGCUGUUUUCAUUAAACUAGUGACAGAAUAUAAUGCCUUCAUUAUUAAUAUAUUGAAUUCAAACACUUGGUUAUGUUACAUCCUUUUUUAUGUGAUCAAUAUAGCCCAAAUGGAUUCCUUAUUAGUGCUGAGGUUUUAAACUUCCAAAUGUAUUAGUUCAUAUGAAUUUUGCUUGUAUCUCUUUUAUGAGGUUAUUUAGAUGUGCUUUGUGAUUAGACAGGCUUAGUUAUUUUGCCUUACUUCUAUCUUUAAUGAAAAUAGAUUGGUCUGCUACUGGUAAUUUUACAGCUCUAAGAACUUUUCAAUAAAAAAUGUAACUUCUUUUUUAUGAAUACAGGCACAUGACAACUGAUUUUGAAAGUUACAUUUAACAAGAACUUCACACACCAGGACAUAUCAUUAAUGAAGCAUCACUCUAACAAGUGCCAAUUACUUUGGGUGGUUAAGGAUCCAACAACUAAUCGCCAUAUUUAAAUAUACAAAUACUUAUUACAAUACAAGUAUUACAAAGACAUUAUUCUUCUAAUUGUUGUACAAAUCAUAAACCGCAUAAAUAUUAGCUUGGUAUUUGCCAGGUUUCUAAGCUGUUCCUGCACCAUGUUUUUAUUUUAUAUAACUGUACAUAAUGUUUCAAUUUAUAUUCAAAAACUCAUUUUGUAGUGAUUUUUUUCUUUUUUUAAAGAAUGUUACUCUUGUGAAUUGAUUUAAUAUGGUUUGGGCCAAACUUCCUUCAAUAAAUCCUUUUGUGCCAACAACA